AUGUCCCUGAGCAGUGCCUUCAGGGCUGUGGGCAAUGAUCCUGGGAUCAUCACCUGGAGAAUUGAGAAAAUGGAGCUGGCGCCGGUGCCCCUGAGUGCUCACGGCAACUUCUAUGAGGGAGACUGCUACAUCAUCCUCUCGACCCGGCGAGUGGGCAGUCGCCUCUCCCAGAACAUCCACUUUUGGAUUGGGAAGGACUCCUCCCAGGAUGAGCAGAGCUGUGCGGCCAUCUAUACCACACAGCUAGACGACUACCUGGGAGGAAGCCCUGUGCAGCACCGCGAGGUCCAGUACCACGAGUCCGACACUUUCCGGGGCUACUUCAAGCAGGGCAUCAUUUAUAAAAAGGGGGGUGUGGCCUCUGGCAUGACGCACGUGGAGACCAACUCCUAUGAUGUGAAGCGGCUGCUGCAUGUAAAGGGGAAGAGAAGCAUCAGGGCUGCUGAGGUGGAAGUGAGCUGGGACAGUUUUAAUCGAGGUGACGUCUUCUUGCUGGACCUUGGGAUGGUCAUUAUCCAGUGGAAUGGCCCAGAGAGCAACAGCGGAGAACGCCUCAAGGCUAUGCUUCUCGCAAAGGACAUCCGGGACAGGGAGCGAGGGGGCCGUGCCAAAAUCGGGGUGAUUGAGGGAGACAAAGAGGCAGCCAGCCCAGAGCUGAUGACAGUCCUCCAGGACACCCUCGGCCGACGCUCCGUUAUCAAGCCUUCGGUCCCUGAUGAGGCCAUGGAUCAGCAGCAGAAAUCAAAUAUCAUGUUGUAUCACGUCUCCGAUGCAGCUGGGCAGCUGUCAGUCACAGAGGUGGCAACAAGGCCUCUGGUCCAGGACCUACUGAAGCACGAGGACUGUUACAUCCUGGACCAUAGUGGAGCCAAGAUCUACAUGUGGAAAGGCAAAGGAGCCACGAAGGUUGAGAAACAGGCGGCCAUGUCCAAAGCCCUGGAUUUCAUCAAGAUGAAGGGUUAUCCCAGCAGCACCAACGUGGAGACAGUCAAUGAUGGUGCUGAGUCGGCCAUGUUCAAACAGUUGUUCCAGAAAUGGUCGGUGAAGGAUCAGAACGCAGGCCUAGGGAAACCGUUCAGCACUGGUAAAAUCGCUAAAAUUUCCCAGGACAAGUUUGACGUGACUCUGCUACACACCCAGCCAGAAGUGGCUGCUCAGGAAAGGAUGGUGGAUGAUGGCAAUGGGAAAGUUGAGGUCUGGAGGAUUGAGAACCUGGAGCUGGUCCCCGUGGAGCGUCAGUGGUAUGGCUUCUUCUACGGAGGAGACUGCUAUCUGGUUCUGUACACCUACCAUGUGAACAGAAAGCCCCAUUACAUCUUGUACAUCUGGCAGGGCCGCCACGCUUCCCAGGAUGAGCUGGCAGCCUCGGCCCACCUGGCGGUGGAGGUGGAUCAGCAAUUUGAUGGGGCUCCCGUGCAGGUCCGGGUGAGCAUGGGGAAGGAGCCACGCCACUUCAUGGCCAUCUUCAAAGGGAAGUUGGUCAUCUACGAGGGCGGGACUUCCAGGAAGGGGAAAGUGGAGCCUGCCCCUCCAGUGAGACUCUUCCAGAUCCAAGGGAACCACAAAUCUAAUACCAAAGCACUGGAAGUCUCCGCCUUCGCCUCCUCACUCAACUCCAAUGAUGUCUUCCUGGUGGGGACGCAGGCGGAGCACUACCUGUGGUACGGCAAGGGAUCUAGUGGGGAUGAGCGGGCGAUGGCUAAGGAGCUGGUUGAGCUUCUCUGUGAUGGCGAUGCUGACACUGUGGCUGAGGGCCAGGAGCCGCCUGAAUUCUGGGACCUUCUGGGAGGAAAAACACCCUAUGCUAAUAACAAAAGGCUACAGCAAGAAAUCCUGGACAUCCAAGUCCGGCUCUUUGAGUGUUCCAAUAAGACUGGCCGGUUCUCUGUGACUGAGGUCACGGACUUCACCCAGGACGACCUGAACCCAGGGGACGUGAUGCUCCUGGACACCUGGGACCAGGUGUUCCUGUGGAUAGGCGCUGAGGCCAACGCCACAGAGAAGGAGGGGGCUCUCUCAGCUGCCCAGGAGUACCUGGUAACACACCCCAGUGGCCGAGAUCCUGAUACACCGAUCCUGAUCAUCAAACAGGGCUUCGAGCCUCCCACCUUCACAGGCUGGUUCCUGGCAUGGGACCCUCACAUCUGGAGUGCAGGAAAAUCAUACGAGCAGUUAAAGAAAGAGCUGGGAGAUGCUGCCGCCAUCUUGCGAAUCACUGCUGACAUGAAGAAUGCCACCCUCUUCAUGAAUUCUAAUGAAAGUGAUCCAAAGUAUUACCCCAUAGAAGUCCUGCUGAAGAGCCAGAGCCAGGAGCUGCCCGAGGACGUGAACCCUGCCAAAAAGGAGAAUUACCUCUCAGAACAAGACUUCGUAUCUGUGUUUGGCAUCACCAGAGGGCAAUUUACUGCUCUGCCUGGCUGGAAACAGCUCCAGCUGAAGAAAGAAAAGGGCUUUUUCUAAAGCAAGGACUCUGUCAGAUGGCAGGACAGCAAAGCACAGUGCCAACAUCAGCAAAGAAGACCCCUGCCGUCUGAACCCGACAUUUGGCUACUUUAGACAACA